AUGGCGGAAAACCCAGUCAACCAUGUGGUCUCCGUAUUAAAAGAAGCCAUAGAACAUAUUCAGAAUCAAAUCCCUUCUGCAGGCUCUGCAGCGAACACAACAGGCCCGACAGCAAACACAACAAGUGCUUCAACACCGUCGCAAAGUCAACAAGAAACUUUUAAUCAAGCUGUACAACGCGAUUUUAGGUAAACGUUUUCAGGGUUUUUUCCGCUCAUUAUUUAUUGUACAGGGGGGUUUGAGGAGAAACUGGGAGGGGGGGGCUUUAAAUUUUUUAAAACCUGAAAGGGGGCUUUGAAAAAAUACAGAAAGACAAAAGAAGGGGGGGCUUUGAUUCCUUUGAAAAUAUUUACCAGUUUGAAAAAAACAUCGGUAGUUUUAAAAAUGACCACAAAACAACUUAACAAAUAUAUAAUGUUUAUAGACCUUAUCUCUUAUGUUCAUGCAAGGGACCGGUCAUAAAGUAAAAAGGGGGGGGUGUGCUGGGAAAAUCAUAUAUUUGGUGUCUGCAUUUUUGGUAGCCCACCCCUUAAUAGGUGCAUGGAAAUCUGUAGCCCACCCUUAAAUUGGUGCUGAAAAAUUAAUGACCCACCCCUUUUCCAACUUUUUACGGAAAAAUUUUUUUCGGACAAGAAUCUUCCCCCCCCCCCAUUUCAGUACUUAGCCCCAAAAAACCGGAAAUUUUAACAAAAAAAUUUCCAGGCCCAAUCUUCUGCAUAUUUUUACAUGACCCACCCCUAUCAUUGCGCUUAACUUUCGAUGACCCAGAAACUGUUUUAGAAGUGGCAUUAUUCAUGACAUAACUAUUUGGAUGUCAUCUAUUAAAUAGAGAAUAAUACAUGGGUGCACAGAAAUACCAGAUUUAUUUCGAGUGUUGAACAUGAUAACACGAGAAAUAAAUCUGGUAUUUCUAAGCACCCAUGUAUUUUCCUGUUUAUUAUAUAAAGGACAAUCUUUCAAAGCGAUGAUUUUUACAGAAAAGCGAUAAUUUUCACAUGCGAGAUUAUCAUAAAUAAUCUCACAUGUGAGAUUAUCACUUUUAUCAGUGCUCGAAAUCUCUUUCAAAAACUCAUCAUGAAGCAAUUAUCAUCCAAUCUUGAGUAAGAAAUUAGUCACGUGCAUACGUCUUUAUACCAGCUAAAGAACACUUUAACAAAAGACCAUUGUUAUGCAAACUAUAUAAAGAUUUUUAAAUAAAGAUUUUUAUAUAAGAUUUUUAUAUAAAGAUUUUUAUAUAAAGAUUUGACUUAUUAUGCAAACGUUUUUGAAGCCAUUUAAAAAACUCGCAGGUCGUGUUUUAUUAGGUCUAAAGCCACUCGCGCUGCGCGCUCGUGGCUUUAAACCUAAUAAAACACUCCUGCUCGUUUUUUAAAUAGUACAUAAAGCACUAUACUUUAUAUAAUAACAGUGGUUUUUCCAAUAUGAAAACCAACACCAAAGCAGCACUUUUGUUUGGUUUUGUGGUUAAAAGUUAACUGAAAUGUAUUUUAUCUUAUUUCCUCUUAGCAAAGCCUUUCCCAGUCUUGGUGGUGGAGGUCAACGAUUACCUCUUCAUAACCCUCGACCAGCUAAAAGGCAGAAAGUUGUGUUCAUUCAGCCAAAGAAAUCAUGGACACAUGACUUCUGCCUUUUGGCUGAAACUAAUCAAAGCAGAACUCCAUCUCUAACACGCCUGUCAGCAAUAAAAGAAGCCGGCCUCGGAAAAAACGUAUUGUUUUUCCUGACAAGAAUGCUGGGUUUGCAAAGUUGA